AUGAAGCCUAAACGGAUGCACAUGGUUCAUAAUAUGGUUGUGAACUACGGUUUAUAUAAGAAACUGGACAUUGUGAAACCAACACGAUCUACAGCUUAUCAAAUGACUCGCUUUCAUUCGGACGAAUACAUCAAUUUCUUACAAACAGUGACGCCCGAUAAUUUAGAGUCACUAGCGAUGCAGUAUGGCGGUUUGGAACAGGGUAUUGCGAGAUUCAAUGUGGGUGAAGAUUGCCCUGUAUUUGAAGGCCUAUUUGAGUUUUGCUCCAUUUCAGCAGGAGGUUCUAUUGGAGCUGCGAAUAAAUUACUGAACGGUGAGGCAGAUAUAGCUAUCAAUUGGUCAGGAGGCCUUCAUCAUGCCAAAAAAACAGAAGCAUCAGGUUUCUGUUACGUCAAUGAUAUUGUGCUUGGUAUUUUAGAGUUAUUACGGUAUCAUCAAAGAGUAUUGUAUGUUGAUAUCGAUGUUCAUCACGGUGACGGUGUUGAAGAAGCAUUUUAUACAACUGAUCGUGUUAUGACAUGUUCGUUCCAUAAAUUUGGUGAAUUCUUCCCGGGUACAGGUGAUAUAAGAGAUACUGGAUUGGACAAAGGGAAAAGAUAUGCAGUCAAUGUACCACUGAGGGAUGGUAUUACAGAUGAAUCAUAUAAAAGUGUGUUUCAACCGGUCAUACAGCAUAUUAUGGAUUGGUUUAGGCCAGGUGCAGUCGUUAUGCAAUGUGGUGGAGACUCUUUAUCUGGCGAUCGUUUGGGUUGCUUUAAUCUCUCUAUGCGUGGUCAUGCCGCCUGCGUAGAAUUCAUAAAGUCUUUCAAUAUACCGAUGAUGAUGGUUGGAGGAGGUGGUUAUACCAUUCGUAAUGUAGCAAGAACGUGGACAUUUGAAACAGGUUUAGCUGUAGGAGAGGAUUUAACAAAGCAGGAGCUACCGUACAAUAAUUACUUUGAAUAUUAUGGUCCAGAAUAUAAAUUAGACGUGCCCUCCAAUAACAUGGUCAACCAUAAUACGCGGGAAUAUUUAGAUAGUGUUACUGCUAAAAUCAUAGAUAAUUUGAGGAGUAUGCCAUUUGCGCCUUCAGUACAAACACAGGAAGUACCUCGAGACUUUAAUGCAGACGAUUAUAAUGAUGGCGAGGAUAAUGAAGCGGAGGAUGCAGAUGCUCGACAAACACAACGUCAUAAAUUAGAGAACAUGGGUGUUCUGUAA